AAGAACUCCUUUGGCAGGCAGAAUAGGGCUUUUAUUGAGAAUAUUUCUAAGCUCACCAUCGGGGACAAAAAAAAAAAUCUAACUUGUGUCGAAUCACUCUGCUCCCCCUUUCUCUCUGUCUUUCCCUCAUUCUAUUUCUGUGAGACGGAGCAGCAGCAGCACAGCUUACGGACCAACGAAGCACCCAGCAGCAAGGCAAGCAAAAACGCAAGGAGUCUAUCCCCUUGUCUCAGACAACCGGCACAACUAAGAGGGGCACAACAGAGAGAGAGAGAGAGUGCGAGAAAGAAAGAGAGGGACAGAGAGAUUGGACAAUUUAAUUUAAGGGCUGCUGUUGCUACACCUGUGGAAAAAAUAUCACGUUCCUAUCCUGUCUUGCUGCUACCCCAGGUAUCCUGCCACCCCUCCCCUGCCCUCUGAUACCCUCUGCUUGCCUUGACUGUCCCUGUCACCUCCAUCCCUGAGAGAGAGAGAGAGAGAGAGAGAGAGAGAGAGAGGGAGAGAGAGCGAGAGAGGGAGAGAGAAGUUUAAGAAGGAAAUUGAGACACAGAAGAUUUAACGUGCUACUGGUGUUGUGGCGUAAGAGAUACUGUACUGUCCCCCCUCUUCUCCUGUUCUGACGAGAGUCUGAGGUCAUGGUGAUGGUGCCUGGAGCUGCCAUGGUACCUGGAUCCUUACUACCCUGCCUCUGCACCCUGCUCUGCCUGGAUCUGCUGCUCCUCCCUGGGACGGUCGAGCCGUCGGUGCCCCUGGAGGACUUUUACCCCUUUGGCCAGGACUGGGGGGAUUUCCAGACGAUCGCUCAGGAUGAUGGAGGCUCAGGUCUGGUGGAGAUCUCUGUGGCGUUCCCCUUCUUCGGUGACAAGCACUCGGGACUCUACGUGAACAACAACGGUCUGGUUUCGUUCCUCAGAGAGGUCUCUCAGUUCACACCAGUGGCCUUUCCCAUCGCCGGAGACCGGAGGGUUGUGGCGGCGUUCUGGGCUGACGUGGACAACAGGCGGGCGGGGCAGGUCUUCUACCGGGAGAGUAAAGACCCGUCUGUCCUCCUGAGGGCCACAGCUGACGUCAGACGACACUUCUCUGGGUUCCCGGAAUUCACUGCGACGUGGAUCCUCAUCUCGACGUGGCACAAUGUCACCUUCUUUGGAGGGAGUGACAUCACACCGGUGAAUACGUUCCAAUUGGUGCUGAUCACCAACGGAGAGGUAUCCUUCACCAUCUUCCAGUAUCAUGAGAUCACCUGGACCACAGGCAUGCACGCCAGCAGUGGAGGAGACCUGGCAGGGCUAGGAGGCAUCGCUGCACAGGCAGGUUUUAACGCUGGCGACGGGAAACGUUACUUCAACAUCCCGGGGUCUCGUACUGAUGACAUGGUGGAUGUGGAUGGAACCACCAACGUAGGUCGCCCCGGGAGAUGGGUGUUCCGGAUCGACAAUGCACAGGUGGAGGUGGGUGGCUGCAACCACUCAGCAUCUGUGUGUCCACACCUUCGACCCUGUCUGAAUGGAGGUCUCUGUAUUGAUGACUGCAUCACCGGCAAUCCUUCUUUCUCCUGCUCCUGUCUGGCUGGGUUCACCGGAAGGUGGUGUCAGAUAGAUGUAGAGGAGUGUUCGUCCUACCCCUGUCAGAACGGAGGUACCUGCUCAGACCAGGUUAACGGGUUCACCUGCCAGUGUCCACCUGGGUUUACAGGGACAGUCUGCCAAACAGAUGUAGAGGAGUGUUCGUCCUACCCCUGUCAGAACGGAGGUACCUGCUCAGACCAGGUUAACGGGUUCACCUGCCAGUGUCCACCUGGGUUUACAGGGACAGUCUGCCAAACAGACAUUGACGAGUGUAAAGACAGACCCUGCCUCAACGGAGCGCUGUGUGUGCCAGGUGUCGACAGCUUCACCUGUGUGUGUGAGAGUGGCUACUCUGGGACUCUGUGUGAGACAGACAUGGACGAGUGUGUUUCCCAGCCCUGCCUGAAUGGAGGACAGUGUAACGGCCAGGUGAAUAGGUACAACUGCACCUGUCCUGUUGCCUUCACCGGAACACACUGUGAAACAGAGUUGGUGUUGGUGGUGGUCCAGGUGAAUUCCUCAUUGGCUCCUCAAACUGACAAUCAAACAGUGUCUUGUCAAGGGGAGGGCUGUGAGAACCGUUCGACCUGUGAAUUCCUCGGCCCUGGGAACCACAACUGUACCUGCAUCCAGGGUUUCUAUGGUGACAACUGUGAAGGAGAGUGUCUGUGCCAGAAUGGAGGGGUCUGUGUGGACGGGACCUGUGUCUGCACCUCCGGCUUCACCGGAAUCUACUGUCAGUUUGUGGUGACCCAGACCCCAUGCAGUAACAGCAGGCCGUGUCCUGACGGAGGACCCUGUCUGGAGUACGGAGGAACCUACCUAUGUACCUGUCAGACAGGUGUGGCAGACCUAGAUCACAAGGACUUCUAUCCGCCCUAUGUACAGCCUCGAUCGGUCUGUGAUUCGUCCCCGUGUCUGAACGGAGGUCAGUGCUAUGAGAGAGAUGGAGGCUACACCUGCGAGUGCAAGCAAGGAUACAGAGGGAAACACUGUGAGAAAGUCAGACUCAAUACCUGUGCCUCUGGCCCGUGUCGUAACGGAGGCUCCUGUAAAGAGGAGGCAGGGAGCUUCCUCUGUGUCUGUCCAUACAGGUUCACUGGUAAACACUGUGAAGUGGGGAGGCCAGACCCGUGCUCCUCCAGCCCCUGUCUGAACGGAGGAACAUGUUUCCACUACAUCGGGAAGUACAAGUGUGAAUGUUCCGGAUCCUUCAGCGGGAGACACUGUGACAUCAGCAGGGGAUCAGCACACUCCACAGCAAACCUGGACUGUGGUCCCCCCCUGCAGGUGAAGCAUGCAGAGCUCCAGUUCUCCUCUACGUCGCCAGGCUCCAUGGCGCUGUACGUGUGCCACCCAGGAUACACCCCCAUGCCCAGGGCCACCCAGAGCAUCUGUGGGGGGCAGGGGGCCUGGAGCCAACCCCCUGUCUGCCAGGAUAUGGAUGAGUGUCUGUCGGGGCCCUGUAAACACGGAGGAACAUGUGAGGACCAGCCGGGUUCCUACUACUGCCACUGCCAACAAAGCUUCAGAGGACAAGACUGUGAGAUAGAGCAGGACAGAUGUGAGUCCAGCCCCUGUUUGAACGGCGGUGUGUGUCGGGGCUCCAGGAACAACUACCUGUGUGUGUGUAAAGAAGGGUUCUUGGGGGACCACUGCCAGUCAUUGGAGAAUCCCUGUGUACUGCAGCCGUGUGGGAACAGAGGCCUCUGCCACAGCGACAGGAGAGGGAACUACAGCUGUACUUGCAAAGUGGGUCACACAGGCAAGGACUGUGAGAGAGACCUGUUGCCUCCCUCUGGUCUGCAUGUACUACGGGUGGAGGAGGAUGAGGUGGAGCUGCGCUGGGACCUGCCGGACCCCUCCUCUCAGAGCCUGGUCAGUGGCUUCGCUGUGACCUACGCCCCUCUGGGUCUCCCGGGCCGUGGCAGUGGAACCAGGAAGACUGACUUCCUGGACAAGAAGCAGUCCACCUAUCAGCUGCAGGGCCUGGUGCCUGGCCUGCUAUACAACAUCUCUACGUUCUCAGUGAAACGAAACACCAACAGCAACGAUAUCAGCCAGCCAGCCAUCGCUCUCAUACGCACCAGGCCACGGCGGGUGGACCAGCUGCAGGUAGUCAACGUAUCGUCCUCCCAGGUAUGGCUGAGGUGGCUGGUUCAGGCUGCUCGUCAUGCUACCGUCAGCCAGGUGCGCCUUUCCCUGGUCUCCUGGGACGGUAGUGGAGUCGCCACCGCUCUGCUCAACACCAGCACAAUGGAAUAUGCCUUCAGCUCUCUGCUCCCUGGUCAGAUGUACACGGUGGACGUUCUAACUCAGAGUGGUAUCAGACCAGACGAGUCGCCCUCCACCAGUCACUCUGCUGGACCGCUGCAAGUCUGGACCAGACCCCUCCCCCCUCAGAACCUGUCUCUGUCCCAUGUGACUUCCAACUCCGCCCUGGUGACGUGGGAUCCCCAUCCCAGGAACCUGCCAGACGGCUUCGUGGUCAAUGUGACGCGAGGCCUGAGCACCCGCAGUCGCUUCCUACCCAAUGGGAAGCUGCGAACAUAUACCCUAAGAGAGCUUUCCCCAGGACAACACUACCACCUAGUCCUCAUGGCUGUUAGGAACACAGGACAGGAACAGAUUCACAGUGUACCACAACACCUGGCCUUCACCACAUUACCGAUGGACGAGCGACGGGGAGGGAGGACGAGGGAGAGACCGUCUGUCGGGGGAACCCCUGUGGGUCAUACUCUAGCCCCGUCUGAACCUCACGACCUGGGGGUGGCUGGAGACAGAGAGCACUCUGAAGAGAUGCCCAGAUACACAGAACUGAUUGAUGGAAGGGGGAGGAUAACAGCUAAGUUCACGAGCCUGCCCAGAAAGGUCAUCAGACACCGCACCAAGCCUGAGCUUCCUAUUCAGUUCCAGAAGAUGGAGGAGACAACUAAUCAAAUCGGCCUUGCACUAGAGAGGAAGGAGGAAGAGGAGGGGCCUGAGUCGUCCCGGGACUGCCAGAGCCUGCCCUGCCUGAACGGGGGUACGUGUGAGAAGGGGAGCGACUCAUACAUCUGCAAUUGCGCAGCUGGGUUCAAGGGCAGGCAGUGUGAGCUGUUCUGCCAACGAUUGCCCCACCCAUGUACCCGCCUCUACUCUGAAACCAAGAGCGUGCCCGUCUGGGUGGGCGAAGUCUGCCAUUACCUGUACAAAAGGACGUUUAAAGUGCAGCAGGAUGUUUGUUAUCGAGAGAUCUGUGAACCACCGCUGCCCAAGAAAAGUCCCGACAGAAGAACCAACAGCCAAUCAUAAUGGUUGGUUUUUAUUCUAGCCCUUAACCAACAGGUGUAGACCUCACAGUGAAAUACUGACUGACCAGCCCUUAACCAACAGGUGUAGACCUCACAGUGAAAUACUGACUGACCAGCCCUUAACCAACAGGUGUAGAUAG